AUGUCUAAACUCAUAUUCGUAGCCGUACUUCUGUGGUUAUCAAGAUGCGGUUGGGCACAAAUAGCUUUUACCAAUCAGCCUUGCACGGUGAGAAAUCCCAAGAUCGUGGGCGGUAGUGAGGCGGAACGCAAUGAAAUGCCCUUUAUGGUCAGUCUAAUGCGUCGUGGUGGUCACUUUUGUGGCGGCACAAUUAUCUCGGAACGUUGGAUCCUUACGGCAGGUCACUGCAUCUGCAAUGGCCUGCAGCAGUUCAUGAAGCCCGCUCAAAUCCAGGGAGUUAUUGGCUUGCACAGCAUCAAGGAGUACCUCAAUGGAAUUGGCAAUGGUCCUGAUGCCCUAAGAGUGGACUUUAAGAAUAUUGUGCCACAUCCGAAAUAUGACUGCAAUGAUGUUAAGCAUGAUAUAGCCCUACUCGAAUUGGUGCAGCCAAUCCAAUUCAGUGCCCAUAUUCAGCCCAGCUGCGUGGGAUCCGACAAGGGGCACCGCAGCUUGGAGCAGGAAUAUGGCACCGUGUCCGGUUGGGGCUGGACGCACGAGAACCAAGCGGAAAACGAUCGCUCCGAUGUUCUGCGCAAGGCCACCGUCAAGAUCUGGAACAACGAGGCCUGCGAGAGAUCCUAUAGGGCGCUGGGCAAGAGCAAUACAAUUGGAGACACCCAAUUGUGUGCGGGCUAUGAAAACGGUCAAAUUGAUUCGUGUUGGGCGGAUUCCGGUGGACCGCUUAUGUCCAAGGAACACCAUCUGGUGGGUGUGGUGUCCACGGGAAUCGGUUGUGCACGUCCAGGAUUGCCAGGAAUCUAUACUCGUGUCAGCAAGUACGUGUCCUGGAUGCAGAAUGUGAUAGCGGGCAGGAAAUAGUUGCUCGGCAGCGGGACAAUCAAUUAUUGUGAUUCA